AUGUUUGUUCAAAUUCCAUGUUACAAGCAUAUCUGUGAAAGGGGAGAUAAAAAUCGCUACACCCCGAAAAUAUUAAGCAAAAUAUCAAACGCUGAUGAUUUGCUCGACAAAUCUAUUAGCAACUUAAAAAAUGAACUCAGCACGACUUGGUCCAGUACUGUCAAGAAAAAUAUUGAUGCUGUAUCCAAUGAAGUAAAAACUGUUAAAAAUACGAUAGACACAGUUAAUGAUGAUAAGGAAUGUGAAAACAACAUUGUUUUAUUUAAUUUGUCUGAAAGUGAAACCGUUGCAAAAGACAGAGAUGUUGCUAUGUCUCUUUUAAAGUUCUGGCAAUUUCAAGACAAUGAAAAAAAAGCGACAAUAUUUGUCCACCUGUCAUCGUCAGGUUGA